GAAUACGGGAGCGCCAGACGCCCGCCGGCCCGACCUCCCCCGCUUCGCCCGGGUUCCGGAGGGGCAGCAGCAGCGGGCGGUGCGAGGAGCCUCCGCAGCCGCCUCCGCCUCCCCCGCCCGGCGGGGUCGGUGGCCGCGCUCACGGGGACGGGGACGGGCGGCUGGCCGCGGGCCCGCCCGCCGGGGCGGUGGUAGGCUCCCGCCGUGCCUCCCGGCGCAUAAAGGCAGGCGGCGGGGGCCGGGCAGGGGCAGCGGCUGGCGGCGGCAGGGGAGCGACCGGCGGUGAUGGAGCAGCCGGUGCAGACGGAGACGUGGAAGGCGCGGAGCCUGGAGGAGCUGGUCCGUAUGCUCCAUCAGAUAUUCGCCGACGACAAAGUCAGCGUGGAAGAGGUCCAGGCGCUGAUGGAGUCGUAUGAGAGCAACCCCGAGGAGUGGCUACAGUACGCCAAGUUUGACCAGUACAGGUAUACAAGAAAUCUGGUGGAUAAUGGAAAUGGAAAGUUCAACUUGAUGAUCUUGUGCUGGGGUGAAGGUCAUGGCAGCAGUAUCCAUGACCACACUGACUCACACUGCUUUAUGAAGAUCCUCCAGGGAAAUCUAAAGGAGACUCUGUUUGAGUGGCCUGAGAAAAAAGGAAAUGGUGAAAUGACUAAGAAAUCAGAACGAGUUUUGAGAGAAAAUCAAUGUGCCUACAUUAAUGACUCCAUUGGCCUGCACCGUGUGGAGAACAUCAGCCACACAGAGCCUGCCGUUAGCCUGCAUUUGUACAGCCCACCCUUUGACACCUGUAACACCUUUGAUCAGAGGACUGGGCACAAGCACAAAGUCACCAUGACCUUCUACAGCCAGUUUGGAGAAAGGACUGUCUACGUGACAAAUUAUGGCUACAGGAGUGCCUCAGGAGAACAACUGAGAAGCAUCAGCAUGCAUUUGCAUAAGACCUGCUGAAUGUGUAACCAGGGACAGAAGACUUGCAUGGCUAAGGCUGACAGCCAGAUCGAUUUCAAUUCCUUGUACAUCGGAAUACAUUUGGGCAGCCUCCAGACUGCAUGCAGUUUCAUCGAGCAAAUGCCAAUUAUGGGACACUAAGCUAACUAGUGCCAUAACCUGCUUCAGAGGUUAGAUGCCUUUUCUUAGGCUCCUGUUAGAAUUAAGUAGUCUGUUUUCUAAUUCUAGUGCCUUUUAAACUCCACCUUGAAUAUCACAUUGAGAAUAUCAGAAAUAGGUUUUUUAGACAUCAUCUGAUUCUUCUCAAUAGACCUAUGGGGAUGUAUGCUCUCAAUGUAAUUAGUAACUGUAUAAACUUCUAAGCUUCCAGUCACUUAUACCUAUGGGUAGUACAGUAGAUACAACUAACAGCAGCGCUUUUUUUUAAAUUAAGUCUUUUAGGUUUUAAUGCUUUAGGCCAUCUUGAUAGUUUUGUGCAUUUUUUACUUUUUUUUUUUUUUUUUACAAUUUAAUUUGUCAGAUCCUGUUUUAAAUAGGAACAGGGAAAUGCUUCAUGCAUGAUGAUUUUGAAAACUGAUUGCACAGAGAUUUAACUUUUAAGAAGACUAAUCAUACUUAAUUCAGCUAAUGUCCAGUUCCAAAGUAUUCUGUGUAGCUUAUGAAGAAUAAAACCGAAAUAAAACUGUAUUUCUGCACAGA